GCCCCGUGAGCCUUCAUUAGCUCCUUCCAUGAGCGUGAAUUCUAACAGUUUGCCCCCCAAAAUCCAAAAAUAGUCAAAGAAGAUGAUGCCGUCGCCACAACUUAAACGACAAGAACAAAUUUUUAAAAGGGUUUAAGCCAACGUUAAAUCCAAGAAAAUUUGAAGAGCCGCUUGCAGUGGCAGGAAGGCAAAGAUAUGUGCUCGGAAAUUCGUAUGUAGAACGACGAACGUACGAUUUUUGGAGUUUUUUUUUUUGUGUUCUUUUUCCUUCUGAUAAUUCUUCUAUUUUUUGCUGCUUCUAUUUUUGUUUUUCCUCGUUUUUCUCCUGCAAUUCUCAGUGUAUGCCAUUGAAACGACGCCGUCACAUGAACCCUGAAUUCCUCCUUCCCGCCUCUCAAUAACUUUCCCUGAUUUUCCACCUACUGUUUUAUGAUAUCUCCUUCUGGGGUUGAUCUUUUUCUUCCAAAGUUUCAAGCUUUAUGCAUUUUUUUUGGUUUAUAUCUAUCGGCAGCAAAAAACCAACUCGAUAAAAUCUUUCAAAAAAGUAUGCAGCUUUCUGUUUAGUUUCUUUUUCUCUGGUAUUUCUUCUUGGUGGGGUUUCCUAGGUUUCGUAGGUUGUUGUUGUUAUGUAUGGAUUUUAUGGAGGUUUUGUCUAGAUUGUCCUAGGUAUUGGAGAGAGUGGAAACACCAACAGAUACUACAAUGGAGGUCGCAGGUUUGGAUUUGAUGGUGCUUCUGGGUAUUUCGAUGGCAUUUUUUAUUGGAGUUUUGAUCGGAUGGUCGUGGAAACCAAAGUGGGCAUUCUCUGGCAAUGACAAGGACAAACUAGGCUGCCCUGUGCCUAAAGCUUUUGAUUUUUCGCAGCCUUCUUCGCCGCCCCGGUCCCCUUUAAAGGGGUUUUCGUCAGCUCCAUGCUUGAAUUGUUUUGAGUCAUUGGUUUCCCAAGGUUGUGAAGCUUGCUGCAUGGGUAAGGGAAUUCAGAAAACUACUUCUGUAUCGCCUCCGGCUACCGAAUUCGAUGAGGGCAGCAGCACAUCGCAGCUGAAUGACGAGAAGCCGAAAGUAGUGACUGAGGAGGAUUUAGAGGUUUUAUCCGAGCUUGUAGAUAUGAAAGAUGGAGGUCCUCGAUGGAUACAGAUGAUGGAUCGCUCCACCCCAACUAUGACCUACCAAGGCUGGCGUAGGGAUCCAAAGGUCGGUCCUCCUCAAUAUCGUAGCAGAACUGUCUAUGAGGAUGCAACGCCGGAAUUAGUGAGGGACUUCUUCUGGGAUGACGAGUUUCGACUAAGGUGGGAUGACAUGCUUAGUUAUGCGAAAACCAUAGAAGAAUGCCCGACCACAGGAACCAUGGUGACGCAGUGGAUUAAGAAGUUCCCGUUUUUCUGUAAAGACAGAGAAUACAUCAUAGGUCGUCGAAUUUGGGAAUCUGGGAGGUUGUAUUAUUGCGUGACAAAGGGAGUGCCCUAUGCUUCUGUUCCAAGACAUGACAAGCAAGUACGCGUAGAUCUGUACUUCUCAAGUUGGUGCAUUCAAGCAGUGGAAUCAAGAAGGGCUGAGGGCCAGCUGACUGCAUGUGAGGUUAUAUUCUUACAUUACGAAGAUAUGGGACUCCCAUGGGAAAUUGUAAAACUUGGAUUACGAAAAGGGAUGUGGGAUACAGUCAAGAAGAUUGAGGCUGGCUUACGUGCCUACCAGAAGGAAAGAGCAGCAGGAUCACCACUUUCCCGGCCAGCCUUUAUGGCUCAGAUCAACACGAAAAUACAUCCCGGGUACCUGAAAUCCUCAGGAGCCACAGAAGACUCAUCAAAAACUGAGGUGGUGAUUGCAUCCAAGAAGCCUGCGGGUAGGCACAUACCCAAGCUCUUAAUAGUUGGGGGGGCAAUAAUCAUUGCUUGCACUCUUAAUAGGGGACACCUGAUGAAGGCGGUGAUAUUUGGGGUAGGCAGAAAGCUUGCGAAGGUAGGAAAGAAAUUGCAAACAAAGAGUGAUCGAGAUUCAAGUUGAUCCUAACCAAGAACAUUGGCUGGUAUUUGGUAAAUGAUCCUGAAUAAAACCUUUUACCUAUUGCUCAACGGGAAAGAAACAAUGAAAGAUUGCUUUUCGGUUGAAUAAACAAUGUAACUGUUACGUUUGAGUUGUAUCCAGAAAACAGAGAUAUUUUGUUGUACAUAAACUUAACAGAUUGUUUUGAAGUUUCCAGCAGGCUGAUGAAUUUAGGGAGUUCAGCAUGUGUAUCUUAGAUGAUGAGGAGAUAUAAUAAUACCUAGCUAUUGCUCUUGA